AUGCAGGCUUUGGCAUUACGUCAAGUGGAGACGCUUGAAAUCAGCCGGGGCAUCGGUGAAAGUGACCGAUUCAUGGUGAAGGCUCUCGCGGAAGCCUUGAAGACCAAUAGCUCCUUGCGGAACAUGAAUUUGGCAUAUAACAAGAUUGGUCCCGAGGGAGCUCAGGCUCUCGCGGAAGCCUUGAAGACCAAUAGCUCCUUGCGGAACAUGAAUUUGGCAUAUAACAAGAUUGGUCCCGAGGGAGCUCAGGCUCUCGCGGAAGCCUUGAAGAUCAAUAGCUCUGUGCGGGACAUGAAUUUGACAGGGAAUGACAUUGGUCCCGAGGGAGCUCAGGCUCUCGCGGAAGCCUUGAAGACCAAUAGCUCCGUGCGGGGCAUGAAUUUGGAAUAUAACCGGAUUGGUCCCGAGGGAGCUCAGGUUUUCGCGGAAGCCUUGAAGACCAAUAGCUCCGUGCGGGACGUGAAUUUGGCACUGAACCAGAUUGGUUCCGAGGGAGCUCAGGCUCUCGCAGAAGCCUUGAAGAUCAAUAGCUCCGUGCGGGACAUGAAGUUGGAAUGGAAUGGCAUCGGUCCCGAGGGAGCUCAGGCUCUCGCGGAAGCCUUGAAGAUCAAUAGCUCCGUGAGGGACAUGAAUUUGUUACAGAAUGACAUCGGUGACAAGGGAGCUCAGGCUCUCGCGGAAGCCUUGAAGAUCAAUAGCUCCGUGCGGGACAUGAAGUUGGAAUGGAAUGGCAUCGGUCCCGAGGGAGCUCAGGCUCUCGCGGAAGCCUUGAAGAUCAAUAGCUCCGUGCGGGACAUGAAGUUGGAAUCUAAUGAGAUUGGUGCCGAGGGAGCUCAGGCUCUUGCAGAUGCUUUGCUUCAGACAGUCAGAGACACCUUGGCUGAUGACUUGGACGACGGAGUCAAGGAGAGUGCUGAUCAAGUCCCCGGCAGACGCCCUUUUGAAGCACCGGUUCGUCUUGAG